AUGGCUUCGACGCGUCAACACCAGUUUGUUCAGAUCUACCAAGAUCCCAUGCCACUUCCGUCCAACACGUCUCCCACCCACAAGCCACGGCCGCAACUACAACCCUCGGCAAUGCCUUUGCAACCCCUGCGAAACCCUCCAGCGCACCCGGAAGUCAUCCUCAACGCUCCAAUGGCCCCUACUCACCAGCUCUCACCGUUAAAGAGUCAUCCUCUGUCACCGCCGAAGCCAAACUAUGGCAAUCUCAACUACAUUCCGAUCCCUCCUCCUUCCUUAGCAGCCAACAUGUACACGGACUCGCCGGCAAAGAGGCCAGCCAUGCCACACAACCAACAGUUUCGACACGUUCAAAUGAUGCCGCCCCAACCCCAACCCCAACCCCAGCACCAGCACCAGCAGCCGCUCUUCACCACUUUCAAUAGCAAUUUCGACACGUUUGAACAGGAGAACUACCCUGUGCCUAGCAUGCACGACAACUUUGUCGACUUUCCCGAGCCCUCAUACAUCCGCAAGCAGCCACUCAAGAGAUCCUAUUCAGACGCGCAGCUGGGGGGUGACCGGCAAUCAAAGAAGGUUCGACACGACCAAGAUUCGGUCACAAACCUUCCAGAACCCGACGACAUGCCUCCUAUAGAGGAUGAUGGCAACAAGCCCGCCUACAGCUAUGCCCAAAUGAUUGGCAUGGCCAUCCUUCGGGCUCCUCAUCGCCGCCUGACUCUUGCACAAAUUUACGAAUGGAUCUCCAGCACCUUUGCCUACUACCGAGAAGACACUAAACAGAGCUGGCAUAACAGCAUCCGACAUAACUUGUCGUUGCACAAGGCUUUCAAGAAACAGGAAAGACCUAAAGGCGAUGCGGGCAAGGGCAGCUAUUGGGUGAUCGAGCCCGGAAUGGAGGCACAGUUCAUCAAGGACAAGAACCGGCGUGGUAACACGAUGCCACACAUGGCCAUCAACGCUGGAGUGAUGCGCCCGGAUAUUUCGAAGGUGCCCCAGCCCUUGUCGGAGGCGUUGGCCCCCAGCCCAUUCAUCAUCCAGUCGAGUGAACCCCCUCGGCCACAGACAGCUCCUGCUCUGCCCGAGCUUUCGUCGGAUGCCACACUGCCCGCUUCAGACCCUGCUCUCAAUGAUCAAGAGACUGUAGAGUUUGAAGAGCAUCCGCUCCCCGCCGCACCAAAGUCAUCACCUCCCCAUGCAAUCAAUUCGUCGCCACCUGUGCUUGCGCCUACUCACCAUCGAAAUAUCUCGUCUCCCACUGCGCGUAUGCAACGUCCUGUUUCAUCUCACCGGCAAAAGAGAUCUUUGUCCAAGAUGGACGACAGCGGCUAUUUCUCAUCGAUCGAGUCGUCUGUCUUGCGGCCCAACAAGAAUGCCAUUGUACUCACUUCGGAGUUGGAUAUCGAACCAUUGAGGAGGAAACGAGGUCGGGCAGAGGAAGAGAUCGCCCGCAUAAGAGGCUCCUCACAUGAUGUGACUCCUAGUCAUGCCAGAUUUCGAAACCCCGCCACGGAAGCCGCUCACACCUCAUCUCCCGUUCGGGCCAGUCCGUCUACGAGGUUGAAUCCAGUCACGCCUCCAGUAGUAUUCAAGAAACCAGUCCGGCCUCCACCUUCGCUCUCCCCUAAUACACAACUACACCUCCAUCGCAAAGCCAUGCGGGAUUUUGCCAAUUCCCCGAUCAAGAGUUUUGGUCUAAUGCAGAGCGACGCCGAAAUUUACAGUCCUCUCAAAUGGGCGACUUUGGCUUCUUCUGCUCCCGAGGAAUUUGAGAUCUUUUCUGAUCCGGCCAUUGGCCUUACACCUGCCACACCUGCCUUCACUUCAUCUCCUAUGAAGGCAUUAGGAUCUCGGCCCACAUUAGGACGGGCAACCACGACUGGAGAUAUGCUCAGUGACAUGAUGGGAACGUCCUAUAGGCUGAACACGAAGACCCCGACCCGGACUUCCCUCCUCAGAGCGGGCGUGAGGGCUUCACUAUCGGGAUCUCCGCUAAGAGGUUCUAUGAGCAACGUUACGAAUGUUGAUGAGCAGGAUGAUCUCUUUGACUUCAACUCUUUCGAGAAUGACAAUUCUGAUAACGAAGAGGGCGUCGACAUUCUCAAAGGGUUUGAGAAGAUUGGCGGGUCCUCGAUGCAAGUCAGUGGAACAGUUUCUGCUGGCCAUCUUCGCCGACCCUCUAUGGGAGGACGAAGUUUCACCUCGCGUUUUUGA